AUGCGCUCCGCCAACCCCCUCACCCUCCUCCUGUGCCUGUGCCUCCUCCUUUUCCUCCUGUCCGCCGCCGCCUCCGCCACCACCCCCGACACUUUCCACAUCCUCCGCGCUCCAUCCAUCUCUCUCCCCAACUGCCCAAGCUCCUGCGGCAACCUCACCGUCCCCUACCCCUUCGGCAUCGGCGGCAGCUCUGGCACCGCCUCCGCCUGCUCCGCCAGCCCGUGGUUCACUCUCAACUGCACCUCCGCCGCCUCCCCCUCCGACCCCCCCCGCGCCUUCAUCGGCACUGUCCGCAUCCUCGAGAUCUCCGACUCCCGCAUGCGCGUCUCCAACGUCGUCGCCCGCCGCUGCUUCGACUCCUCCGGCGCCGUCGUCCGCGCCAACCACGCCACCUCCGACAUCUCCUCCACCCCCUUCACCUACUCCGACCUCAAUCAGUUCACCCUCGUCGGCUGCGACGACCUCGCCCUCAUCACCACCUUCGGCACCGACGCCACCCGCACCUUCACCAGCGGCUGCGUCUCCCUAUGCUCCCGAGCCGGUGACGUCACCGCCGCCGGCGGAUGCUCGGGAAUCGGCUGCUGCCAGACGUCACUCCCCCGUGGCAUCAAAUUCUACCUAACCGACCUAACGAGCCUCCGAAACCACACGCAAGUCGCGUCUUUUGACCCGUGCAGCUACGCGUUCCUUGGGGAGAAGGAGCGAUUCGUUUUCCGCGGGGCGGAUGAUUUAUCCGACCCGAAUUUCAUGGAUCGGGUCUUGGAUACGGUUCCAAUCGUGCUCGAUUGGGCGUUGCGGAACUCGAGCUGCGCGGAGGCUCGAGGGUCGGCCGAUUACGCGUGUCGGGCUAAUAGUUAUUGUGUGGAUUCGGAUAGUGGGACGGAUAUCAACGAAUGCGCGGACCCGAAUCUGCACGACUGUGAAGAGUUGUGCAUAAAUACCCCGGGAAGCUACAACUGUUCUUGUCCGCACGGCAAAAUUGGAGACGGCAGAAGGCACGGCCGAGGUUGCAAUGCUCUUAACUCACAGUUUCCUGUAAUAAAGGUGGCUUUAGGUAUCGGGUUCGGGUUUUUAUCGCUCGUCAUAGCAACAACCUGGCUGUACUUCACCCUCAAGAAGCGUAAACUCGUAAAACUUCGCGAGAAACUUUUCCAACAAAACGGGGGCUUGUUGCUAAAGCAGCAAAUGAUCAGCUCUUCUGUCGAGGGCCCGGCCGUGGACUUGACGAGAAUAUUCACGGCCAACGAGCUCGAGAAAGCCACCGACGGCUACUCGGACGAGAGGAUCUUAGGCCGCGGUGGCUACGGUACGGUGUAUAAAGGUAUUCUCCGAGACAAGCGCGUGGUGGCCAUCAAGAAGUCUCAAGUAAUGGACGAGAGCCAAAUCGAACAGUUCAUCAACGAAGUCGUGAUACUCACCCAAGUCAACCACCGGAACGUGGUCAAACUCCUCGGGUGCUGCCUGGAAUCCGAGGUGCCUCUGCUCGUGUACGAAUUCGUCUCGCACGGUACGCUCUAUGAGCAAAUCCACGGCCCGGGACCAGCUGCCUGGCUCUCAUGGGACAACCGCCUCAGGGACGUGAAGUCGGCCAACAUCCUUCUCGACGAGCACUAUACGGCCAAAAUAUCCGAUUUCGGGGCCUCCCGACUCAUCAACCUGGACCAGACGGAGGUCACGACUCUGGUCCAGGGCACGCUCGGCUACCUCGACCCAGAAUACUUCCGGACGAGCCAACUCACCGAGAAGAGCGACGUCUACAGCUUCGGGGUCGUGCUGGCCGAGCUCCUCACGGGCCGAAAGCCCAUCGAUAUGGGCCGAGCCCAGGAGGAGCGGAACCUCACGACCCACUUCAUCAUGGCCGUGAAGGAGAACCGACUCUUCCAAGUGCUCGAGCCGCGGGUCGUGAGAGAAGGCCCGCUCGAGCAACUGCAGGCGGCCGCCGAGCUCGUGAUGGGGUGCUUGCGGUUGAGCUCGGAGGAUCGACCGACGAUGAAGGAGGUGGCAAUGGAGCUCGAGGGGUUGAGGAGGUUCACGAGGCAUCCGUGGGCCCAACAGCAGUCGGGUCAGGAAGAGGAGGCUGUGGGGUUGAUGGGCCAGGUUGGUGGGCCAGGGGAUCUUUAUGGGCCCGGCCCGAUUGGUUUGGACGAUCUGUAUGCAGUUCCAUCUAGUGCGUACAAUAGCACCGGGGAAUUUUCCGGGCAGUACAGCCCGAGUGAGGCUAUUUUUCCUCGGGUGAAUAGCCCACGUUGA